AUGAACCACAUAAUGGUAAACCUAUUACUAGGAUAGAAAUAUCACUAAAUGAAAAAUACCUUAUUACUUAUAGUGAAGAAGAUCGUUCAAUUAUUCAACUUAAGUUUCAUCAAACUGUUAAAACUAAUGAAGAUAAUGAAGAUAAGAAAUAUGAAAUCAAAAGUUUAUGCGUUUCUGAUUAUAAGAAACUUGCUUAUAUUACUAUCCGUCAUUAUAAUGAUAGUACUCAAUAUACUAUUACUGUUUACCUGGUUUCAAAUGAUUACAUUUAUGAAUGGAAUAUUAAUACUGAGAGAAGUGUAAAAAUAUUUGGUAAUAAUAAGGAUAAGAAUAAGACAAAAAAUAUCGGAAU